UUUUCAUUCUUCUUCUCAUCAUGGCGGACCCUAGAGAUAAGGCGCUUCGGGACUACCUCAAGAAGCUGCUUGAGCACAAGGAGAUCGACGGCCGUCUUAAGGAGUUAAGGGAACAAUUAAAAGAACUUACCAAGCAGUAUGAAAAGUCUGAAAACGAUCUGAAGGCCCUACGAAGUGUUGGGCAGAUUGUGGGUGAAGUGUUUAAACAGUUAACUGAAGAAAAAUUCAUUGUUAAAGCUACCAAUGGACCAAGAUAUGUUGUGGGUUGUCGUCCACAGCUUGACAAAAGUAAGCUGAAGCCAGGAACAAGAGUUGCUUUGGAUAUGACUCCACUAACUAUCAUGAGAUAUUUGCCAAGAGAGGUGGAUCCACUGGUUUAUAACAUGUCUCAUGAGAACCCUGGGAAUGUUUCUUAUUCUGAGAUUGGAGGGCUAUCAGAACAGAUCCGGGAAUUAAGAGAGGUGAUAGAAUUACCUCUUACAAACCCAGAGUUAUUUCAGCGUGUAGGAAUAAUACCUCCAAAAGGCUGUUUGUUAUAUGGACCACCAGGUACGGGAAAAACACUCUUGGCACGAGCCAUUGCUAGCCAGCUGGACUGCAAUUUCUUAAAGGUUGUAUCUAGUUCUAUUGUAGACAAGUACAUUGGUGAAAGUGCUCAUUUGAUCAGAGAAAUGUUUAAUUAUGCUAGAGAUCAUCAACCAUGCAUCAUUUUUAUGGAUGAAAUAGAUGCUAUUGGUGGUCGUCGGUUUUCUGAGGGUACUUCAGCUGACAGAGAGAUUCAGAGAACGUUAAUGGAGUUACUGAAUCAAAUGGAUGGAUUUGAUACUCUGCAUAGAGUUAAAAUGAUCAUGGCUACAAACAGACCAGAUACACUGGAUCCUGCUUUGCUGCGUCCAGGAAGAUUAGAUAGAAAAAUACAUAUUGAUUUGCCAAAUGAACAAGCAAGAUUAGACAUACUGAAAAUCCAUGCAGGUCCCAUUACAAAGCAUGGUGAAAUAGAUUAUGAAGCAAUUGUGAAGCUUUCAGAUGGCUUUAAUGGAGCAGACCUGAGAAAUGUUUGUACUGAAGCAGGUAUGUUCGCAAUUCGUGCUGAUCAUGAUUUUGUAGUACAGGAAGACUUCAUGAAAGCAGUCAGAAAAGUGGCUGAUUCUAAGAAGCUGGAGUCUAAAUUGGACUACAAACCUGUGUAAUUUACUGUAAGAUUUUUGAUGGCUGCAUGACAGAUGUUGGCUUAAUGUAAAAAUAAAGUUAAAGAAAAUAAUGU